AAUCCUGUUGGCGACAGACACUUCUCAGUUCUCACUCUCAGUCCUGCAGAAAACCUUGUGACCAGUGGUACAGUCUACUUUCCAAAGGCAAAUAAAGCAAGUAAGUGUUACAUAUGAUACAUAACAUUAAACAUAAAUCACAGACAUCGUACACAGAUACAAACACUUAUAGCACGGAAACGUUUUCCUCACAUAAAUCAUAAUAAAUAGUGGCAUGCAUGGCAUUGGCAUGCAUAGGCUAGCAUGGGCGUUCUCAAUUAGUCCGGUUUCAUUUGUUCGGCAGAACUCAGAAGCUGAUCACGUUAUAACGUUCAACGGCCUUCAACUAAAUAUGUUGACUUGUGCAAAACUGUUGCACUGAAGAAAUAGGCCGUGGGCCAAAAUUAUUUCGCUUCGUGGAACCCAACCUGGUGGCAAUCCCCUGGGGAAUAGAUUUUCUGUGGUUCAAUGCAUAGAACCAUAGAUGCUCGAUUACCACAAAAAAGUUCCCAAGCAAAAAACUUGCCAAACACCGAGAAAAUGGGUGAUCAAUGAUUAUCCACUAUUAAAUUGUAUAUUACAGCAAGAAAAUGUGAAAUUUUGUAUUCAAUUACAAUGAAAAAUGAUUGCAAAAAUCCGCAUAUAAAACUCUUAAACAGUUUUUUGAUCCUUCAAAUAGUCUUUGAGUUAUUCAGUCUUUGUUAUAUCAAAUAGUCUUUGAGUUAUUGCUGUUUUAAAUGUGAAAAUUGGACCAAAAUGUCGCAAUAAGGACUGGGUACUAGGUCAAAAACGCGUUUUUGACAAAGUAUAACUAGAAAACAACUUGAGAUAUAAAAAAACUGUUUAAAUGUCUUAUAUGUAGAUUUUUGUAAGCUUUCUGAUGAUGCAAGUCAUUUUCGCUGUAAUUGAAUACAAAAUUUCGCAUUUUCUUGCUGUAAUACAAUUUAAUAGAGGAUAAUCACUGAUCACCCAUUUUCUUGGUGUUUGGCAAGUUUUUUGCUUGGGAACUUUUUUUGGUAAUUGUGCAUCUAUGGUACUAUGAAUUUAAUCACCGAAAAUCUGUUCCCCUGGGGCCGGGGUUGCCAUGAAAUUUCUUUUCUAAACACUUUUUCGCACAACGGCCCACGGUCUAUAAAGCCGAAUAACCUGUGACUUAGUUGAAACAAAUUUUCGAGGCAUGAGUGUAUAUAUAGUGGCAGUAUCUCAGUUCACUGACACUGACUCGCUCCGUCCGAUCAGUCUCGGGUUUGAUUUACUCAUAAGCAGCCGGAGUGAAAGUAAGUCAGCUUGCUCAACUGAUUAAAAACAGACAUUUUCACGAGACGAUAUUGGUGAGUUUAGUGAAGUAUGCGGAAGAAAACGACAUGAGACAGCCCCGGCGUAGUCUCAUUGGAAGCAUGGUCGGAAAGAAGAUCCUUUAUCGACUUUUUGAAAACAUUUGAACUUCAAUUAAGAAUAAAUGUACGACACUCGACAGUGCUUGACAUGAUACUCCUUAACUGGAACAAAUUUUCGAGGCAUGCGGUGCGAGGGUGUCGGCCUAGCUUCGCAGUUUCUCGGCCGGCGGUAUAUAUAACCUAAAAAAUAGCUUCAUAUGAUGCGAAUAUUAUCGACGAAGAAUGAAAAAUAUAUUAUUAUAAUAAAGUAACUUGUGAGUUGUGGCCGAAAACGAGCGUUUUAAAUCGCUAUAGGCGGCAAUCGUAAAAUUCCGUCUCUAUUGGCAUUGCCGUCUCCAUCGUUGCAUCAAUAUAUACAUGCUAUAUGCCGCUGUUUGAUGACCUAACUUAUAUAUGCGAGCCCUCCAUCACUCCAUGAGAGGAAACUAAAAGCGCUACAGACUUGCCGAUUUUUUUUUAAUAAUGUGUAAUUUAUCAGAGAAGAAUGAAAAACAUUAUUUCAAGAAUUUUUCACAGGGAUGGAGCGUUCUUAUAGAAUUUUUCAAUGGGAUGGAGCGUUCUUGUCGACCGAUUUGUGGGCAGUGUUAAUAUGUGGCGGUUCGACGACUCAUCUUGUGCAAGUCGUUCCAACAAAGUUUACAUCGCUAUAAACAAAAAAAUAACUUCAUAUGAUGCGAAUAUUAUCGACAAAGAAUGAAAAACAUAUUAUGACGAUAAUCGUAACGUACUUGUAGCAGAGAACGAGCGUUUUAAAUCGCCAUGCGCGGCAAGCGUGUUUGCCGUCUCCAUCAAUAUGUCGCUGUUCGAUGACCAAUAACUAAGUUAUGCCUCCAGAUCACAGAAUAGAGAUCUUUAUUCUGUGCUCCAGAGUCCAGAUGAAACGUACUAAAAGCGCUACACGGACUAGCCGAUUUUAAAAUGUGAUCAAUGUGUAAUUUAUCAAAGAAGAAUGAAAAACAUUAAUCAUUAUCUCAAGGUUGUGUUAAUUUUUCGCUGGGAUAGAGUGUUUUCAUGGACUGACUUGUGGACAGUGUCAAUAUAUAGUGGCGGUUCGCGACGACUUAUCUUGUUCAAGUUGUUCAGACCAUAGGCAUAGCUUAUCGAAGGGAAGAUGGCUAAGAAACUCAUUAGAAUAAAAAUAUAUUCAUUAUCUAUGUUAGCUAAUCAAGUAUAAAGUCAACGUUUAUUCAUAAAUCUGGUUCUUCAGUACUUCACCGUCACGUGCGUAUUGUAUUUUUGCCCAACUAACCAAUAGCAGUGUUCUAGGACAGUUACCUAUUCGUGACUCGAACAAUGGGGUAAAUUGGAAAUUGGUAUUGGUGGAUUUGACAAAAAUACAAUAUAUACACACGUGACGGUGAAGGACCAUAUUUAUGAAUGAACGUGGACUAACAUAGAUAAUGAGUUAUAUUGUUAUUCUGAGUUUCACAGCAUCUUCCCUUCGAUAGGCUAUGUUCAGACAACCGGUAUAAGCUUUAAAAAUAGCUUCAUACAGUUGUCCCAGAGAGGGCAGCAGUAAUCAUUUAGAGCUCUCAGCCUGCAACCAUCUGAAGAAUAAAUUCGCUUUGCGCGAAAAAAAUCGCUAGUGGAAAACCGGCUUAAUUAACUGUACAUGCAAGAUGCAUGUAUAAAAAAAAACUGAACAGAUUUGAAAUUGUUCUCAAUUUCGCAAAACAGCUAUAUAGUAUCCAGUUUUUGAUGUAUAUAGCUUCUUUGGGUACUUAUAAUGUAGAAUAAUGAAAAAAAUUUCUCGAACUCAAAUUUUGUGAAACAGGAGGCUGUGUCGUUUCUAACAAACUAAAAAUGGCUUGCGCAUGAAAUUUAAAAGCUUUAAUUUGAGUUAAUAGAUGGAAAAUUUGUUGGGUUUGUAAUUACUGUACAAAAUUUCAAACAAUUUGCUUUGGUUUAAACCCUUUAACUAAGUUUUCUUAACGUCCAGUUCGUCUUUGUCCUUUUGAGUACAAACCUUUAUUUAGCUUGCAUGUUUAUAUGGACACGUAUAUUUGUAUGAGUUAUAAUUGUAUAUACGUGUGAUUUAUACGAUUUCAUCUUUCAUUUUCAGACAAGAUGUCAGAUAUCCAAAGGAAAACCGGGGGAAAUGGCGUUCUCGACUUAAAAGAGAAUUUGAAAGAAAUGCCAACAAACAUGCAUUUAUUUUCCUUGUCAAUGCGAGCCCUUUACACCGACAAAGCUGUUGGCACCUCUACCGAUGCUGCCUGUAGAUUUAGAAAGCUUCGAGAUGACACAAGAAAUGAUGCUAUGGUAUACUUGAAAUACAUCCUUCCCAUAACCACCAAGUUUGUGAUGUCCAUUAAAGAAUACUUCGCGAAUUACGACGCUCUGUCGUAUGAGGAAUGGUGUGAAAUGUUGCCAGAUAUUCUCGAAGAAACAACAACGUACAAAGAACUGGCGCAAACGGUGAAAGGAAUGUACGAGGAGAUGAUGGUUCCUUUAAAGAGACGUCAGGACGAGGCGAAAAUCAUCAUGACAGAAUUCAAAGAUCUACAACGUAAAUAUGAAAAGGAGAAAAAGGAAUUGGAAGCCACGGCAAAAGCAAAAAUGGGCUGGGCAAUUGGUCUUUUAUGGAUUCCUGGCGUAAAUCUGAUUGCGAGUCCUUUGUUGGCAUCUUCUGCGGACGACGAUAUGGCAAAAGCAGUUGCCAAGCUAGCCGAGUCAGAAAUCCAAAAAGCUGCAGUUCUCGUUGUUUCAGAAACCCUACUCCCAGCUCUGACCAAUUUCAUCGAGGGUCUGACAAAAGCAGCAGGGUUCUUUCAAGUGAUGGAAACGGAAUUGCAAUCGUUUCAAGAAAACUCAGCAAUUGAAUCUCCCAAAAAGCUUCAUUACAUGCGAAUCAGAAACGAAGCCAAAGAAUUGAAAUCUCUGUGCCAAGCGUUCUACGCAGUUCUGCCAGCUGUUCGCACCGACUUUGAGGCAAUUCCAGAUGAAGGCACAGACCAAAACUACGUUGACAAUUGGUUGGAGAGACAACUGGCCAAGACUGAAAAAAAAAGAAGCAUGGCUCAAAAGUUUUUAUUAAGUAUUUUCACAGGAAGCAAAGGAAAAGCUAUAAAAUAACUUUUCCCAGAUUGAACAUUUAGUUGCAUGACAAAGUUGAAACAGUAAACAUUUAUAAGACAUUAUGACUGUAGAGUUUAAGGCUUUAGUUUGUUGUAUGGGGUAGUUGAUUUGUUAACGAAUAAAUUUUUUUUUU